AUGAACUACAAGGAGGCCGUCAAGGAGCUCCGGCGAGAGCCGCUUCUUCUUCGAAAUAGGCUCUACUCUAUACUUGUAGACGCUCAGUACGUCGAGCAAUUUGCAGCUUUGCAAUUGCCUCUCGUGGCCAACGAGCGGUGUGGCCUCUGGUACGUGAAGCCUCAUCUUCUCCGUGAAACAGCCUAUUUUAAGUCCACCGACGGCCAUACGGGCCAAUGGAAGUUCUCACUAAGGAGACUCAACUUCCACUUGUUGCCGCUAUUCAAAGAGUUUGGCGGAAUUGUGCUUGUAGACUCCACAAGAAAGGGCAAGUUGAUUCCGGAUGCCUUGCUGAAGACAGUGCCCAUCUGGUGUGCUGUUUUGAACUAUGUGAUGUUCGAAGGACAAGAAACUAAGUGGGACGCACAGAAAGACUGCUGGCUUCGAACACCUCGGGAGAUGGUGCUGGAAAGCGAACAUUGUGCCAUUGUGGAGAGGAUUCCUCAGUUUGCCGAGGAACUCAAGCGAUUGGGGUUGAUUCUGAAGAAAAAGUUGAUUGAAAAGUUGGGUGCCCUCAAACCUUUGGUGCCAGUUUGGAGAUAUCCGGGACAGAAAGUACAGAAUCAGACACUGAGUGAUUACUUUGUGGUGAUGUGUGUUACCGCGCUGGCAGUGUCACUUAGUGAAUCAACUCCCCACUUUCAUUAUGUUCAAGGUGCAGCCGACGACCACGAGCUCUGGGCCACGAGCGAAGUGUGCAAUGGUAAUCUAGAUGCUAAGUUGUUUUGGGAAAUGUUACUGUGCGAGAACGAGGAGUUACGGGUGAUAGAUCCCCACACAGGGAAUCUCUUCAAUUGGCUUUCUGAUGGGGAGCUUGUCAAGAGAUUGAAUGAGAUUUACAAAGGAAGAGUUAUGGCGCAGCAGCUGCCGCUUGAGUUGACUGCCUUGGGAGAAACUGGCAUCUUCAUAGGUGCGAUUGAUAGAGACUUGAGUGCCAAAGAGGUGGACCAGUUUGAUGCGGUGAUGGUUCUCUCGGAUAAACACAGAACCGAUAGUGAUGAAAACAAAAAGUGCCGUGUCCUCAAGUAUAUGGUUGAGGACGGGAAGCUUGGGUCAAAGAAGCUUCGAACGCUUCUUCCACAGAUCAUGGGUGCGGUGGCAGACUGCAGAACCGUUCUAGUAUUGUGCAACUCUGGCAAGGAUUUUUCUGUCGGAGUUGUCUUGUGCAUUUUGUGUCAAAGAUUUGACACCUCCUGGAAAUCCUCCUCGAGCCAUUUGGUCAACAAAGACGUCAUCAAGCAGCAUUUAGGAAAGAUUGCUGACUACACGAAAAUAAACCCGAGCAGGAACACUCUUCAGAGUGUCAACACAUUCCUCAUGGGAAGGUAA